CUUGAGCCAGGCUCGCACAUACAUACAUGACCCGUCUAUAAGAGAGAUCGUGUAAUUUCGUCGUCAAGAUAAGUGAAGAUCGAGCGAGCGCAAACUGUAAGCAGUCUCGACUCUCCACUAUAGCUAGCUCAUAUACCGUAGACGCCAUGUCUAGCAAGCACACCAUGCAGCUCCUACAAAUCUUAGUCUCCUCGGCCCUUCUCCUCGUGGGAGCAGCGGCGGCCAGGAAGACGACGACGACGCACAUCAAGUUCUACCUGCACGACAUCGUGACGGCGGUGCCGUCGAGCCCAGCGACGGCGGUGCGCGUCGCCAGGGGAGUGACCCCGCUACCCGUCGAUCCUGCCUUCCGCUUCGGGGACAUGUUCGUCAUCGACGAUCUUCUGACGGAGGGGCCCAACACCGCGUCCCCCGCCAUCGGGACGGCUCAAGGAUUCUAUAUCUUUGCGUCGCGGACCGACUUCACGCUCAUGCUCAGCCUCAACAUGGUCUUCACGGCGGGGCCGCACAACGGCAGCACCAUCGCCGUGCUCGCGAGGGACGCCAUCCUCGACCCCGUCAGGGAGCUGCCGGUCGUUGGCGGCACCGGCGCGUUCCGUGGUGCGACCGGCUACGGCCUGCUCCGGACAUACUCCGGAAACCUCACCACCUUCAACGCGGUGGUCCAGGUCGACAUGUACGUGCGCGCGCGUGCAAGCGCAACUCAUUAGGCUGGUCAUAGUGGGGAGUAACUUAGACUAGUAACAUAUGCCAUGUUACUAGUUUAGGUUACUACCUUCAUAAUGGAUAGUAACU